GAAGCGGUUGAUGGGGAUGACGCCGGGGGAACAGGAGCUGUCGGAGCUGGAGUGGAGCCGCGCCCGGGACCCCGCGGGAUGCGAGUCCAAGGAGAAGCAGCUGGCCGAGCAGCUGCUGGCCCGCCUCGAGGAGAUGCACCUCACGAUCUCUUCAGAUGAGGAAAAAAGCUCCGUCAUCUUCGGCGCCAUCGUUGCCUACAUGAAAUUCCUGGGCGUCAGAACCAAGGGUGGCGACACCAAAAAAUCCAAAUCCAACUUUUUCCGCAAAAAGGUGAGACCCCC